AAUAACAAUAAUAGUAAACAAGCUUCUAUUGCAACAGUCCCAAUCAACCCAGUCUUUUGUACCUGCACAACCACCAACUUAGUUUCAAGAACAAGCUACUGAUCGCCGUGUAUGGCGUCUCUCACUUUAACCCGCGCUCAGUCCAUGGAGCCUGACAUACGCCUGGAAGACUACCUUGACGACAAGCUGCAAUCCACCACCGACCUCGACAAUCUGGACAGCCUGUUGGCAAGCGUAGAGGAACAACGCAGCCAGCUCCAGUCUCAACUUGACGAUGCCACGCAAGAGCUCGAGGAGGUGCGCCGCUCCGCCGAGGAUCGCCAAGGUGGUCUUGCAAGACAGAUCGAGGACUUCCAACAGUUACAACACAGCAUCGACGUACGCCUGCAGAUCGUCGCAGCAUCCGACGCCCCUGACGAGGCAAUCCGGCGGCUCGAGCCUCCUAUGAGACAGCUGAAAAAGGUUGAGCUUGCCUAUCAAUAUGUCUCUCUACUGCAGGACGUGGAAAACAUGAGGUCCGAGGCGAGGUUGCAUCUGCCCAGUAGCCCGAAAGCGGCUUUGGAACCCUAUACUAGAUUGAAGCAACUUUCUAUCCGACUCCGAGAACUACAAGGUCCUGCUGAUGAGGCUGCUGGGCAUCUGGUCACCUAUGUCGAAGCGAUCACGGAGAGUCUAUGGGAUGAGAUGAAGAAGACCAUGUCCGAGGAGAUGGAGGCCGUGCUAAGAAAGCGCAACUGGCCGCAAGGGGUCGAUGUUCAAGCCGAGAUGGAUGCCGAAUGGCUUCAGUGCUUUGAAAAACUUGUUGACCUACAGACUCCUGAGAUUCUGUACUCAGAAGGCAUUGUGAGCUUGCUUCCGAUCGACGUCAUGGUUAAGCCCUUUGUGCAGUGGUUUCGAUUCCAGUUCAUGGGCGACACUCCGACAAGCACGCCACAAGCAUUCGGGAAUUUCUGCGUGCCUGGCUUCUUACAAUUGGUUGAGAAGUGGGAGGACUUCUUCCGUGAAAACCUGGGCCACCUCUUGAAACCGCGCUUUGAUGGAACGAAGGCGGCUGGCCAGGCUGUAUAUGUUGACCCUGCCUGUGCACUCAUCACUUCUCUCAUGCCCAUCAUGAGGCAGAAGGUUGAUGCCGUGGUCCAGUACGGUUUGAAAAACCCUCAGUACUUCAGCAGUCUUAUGGACCAGCUGAUGACCUUUGACGAGACAAUUCGAACAAGAUUCGAUUAUGGUGGAGGCAAUGCGCCAGAAGGGUGGCCUGGCCUGACUUCUGAAGUUCUGGACAAGCACUUCCGAGAUUGGUUGCAAGCCGAGAAAGAUUUUGCCUUGGAGCGCUUUCAUACUAUUCUGAAUGCCCCGGAUGCUCGACAGAUUGACUACGACUAUAGCGGAAAGGGCAAAAUGAAGCCCACAUACGGCGCCGUCCGUGUCAUGGAUUUGUUAAAGUCGGUGACAGCCCAGUACAAACGAAUUCAGAGACUACCACACAAAGUUCGCUUCUUGAUUGACAUACAGCAAGAGAUACUGGACUCUUACCAUGCCCGACUCGUUGACUCCUUGGAAGCAUAUGCUACCUUGACAUCCAACAUUGCUCGAACUCUGCAGGGGGUCUCAAAAGACCAACUGGCAGCCCUUGAGGGCACGGGUGCCUUUGAGACACUAUGCAAAGUGUUGGGAAGUUCUGAUCAUGUCAUAAACACAUUAAAGGCAUGGGGGAAUGAAGAAUUCUUCAUGCUGUUGUGGGAAGAGCUCAAAAACCGUGUAAGACAGGUGGAUGAUCAGGAUAAUGUCGUCGGCGGCAUGAGCUACAACCACGUCAAGGAUCAUACUUCUUCUGAGAUCGACUCUGAUGAUCUUGGAACUAUCUUCGACGAGACCAUCAAGUUCUACAGCAAGCGUCGGGAUCGCGCGCAGGCUUUCCUAAUAGACGCUUUGACUGAGUCACACAACACUGCUUUCCGCCCCUAUCUGUCCGCGGCGCAAUGGUCUAUCGUCAAUGGCGAAUCAGACUCGUCGCUACUCAGUGUCACUGCAGAGCUUGAUGAACCUCUCCGGAUUCUCAAACGAAAUCUCAAUUUCCUAGAGCUAGCUCUAAGUACCAUCGUAUACCGCAAGGUGUGGCGUGAUGUACUGGAGCGCCUCCAGGAUCACAUAUGGUCGAACGUCCUGCUCCGCCAUAGCUUUACCACUUUGGGUGCGAACCAAUUCGUCAAAGACCUUCAGGCUAUCUUCUCUUUGGUCGAUCGACACAUCCCGGACGGCUCGAUAGCAAUGACACAGCUGCAGGAGGGUGCUCAACUCUUGAGUCUUCCGCUGGAGGCCGACGACGGUCUCACACUUAAGGAGGCGAGCGACCGGAUCUUCACUGACAAUGCAGAGGCAAGGAAGGUGCUCGAGGAACUGGGCAUUGAGACCCUGGAGCCUGGCAAUGCGAGACGUAUCUUGCAGAGCAGGGUAGAGAACAGCGUAUAGCGAUUCUCAUCACAGAGCCUAAUGAAAGAUGAAACCAAGUGCCAUUUUGAUUCUAUUUGUAGAAAGUAAAAGUCCGUUUUCCGGCGAACUUUUC